AUGCCGAAGACUGAAUCCGUCGAGGCGCUGUUGAACCCGUCUCUGCGGGUAUCCAGGCCCGUUGCGGCGUGCGCAAGAUGUCGCGCGGCAAAGAUCAAGUGCGAUGGCAAGUUGCCUGCCUGUUCGGCCUGUGAACGCUCAGGGAAAUCCGACAGCUGCACCAGCGCGAAUGACGAGUUUGCCCGUGGCAAGGAAAGAAGUUAUGUUGCUGCUCUGGAGGCCGCUGCGCAGAGACUCCAGGAAAAGAUCGCAAAUGCCAAAUCUCAGUCCAGCCAUUACAAUGCCAGCACCAACACAAAUACCAACCUGGGACAACCGCCUUCUCGCAGACGUAAAAUCAGCGGCACCCGGCGAAAGGAGGCUUCAGAUGUUGAUGAGCUGGUCAGCGACUUUGGCUUCUUGACUGUCAAUGCCACCUCCCGUGAUUUUCAUGGCUUCACAGCCACCAUGUCCUUUGCGAAACUGCUCCUGUCCGCGGCAGCGAGAAAGGAACUGCCUCCUCUCGAAACCCAAGGUCUUCCACCGCGAUAUGCCAUCACGCCGAUGAUCGACCACUACCUCGACAACAUCUAUGUGUUAUUCCCUUUGUUUUCCGAAACAGAUGUCAUGAGUAGUUUAUCACGAAUCUACCACGAACCGUUGGCUGGUCCCUCGUCAGUCAGCCCGUUGGACGUAUGGAAUGUACGGCUGAUUUUGGCCAUUGCAUAUGCUUCAAGGUCACAACACCGAGGCGAUGAGAACGAUAACGCGGCUCUUCAACAUGCCGCUGCAGCCAGGGGCCUCGCCCACUACGUCCUCCAUCCAGGUUCAACUGCCGGCCUGCAAGCGCUUCUGCUGCUGGUGCAGUAUGCCUUGGUUGAUCCAGCCCAUUUUGACUGCUGGUACCUGAUGGGCAUGGCGUCUCGGCUCAUGGUCGACCUGGGACUACAUUGCGAACCGGCGGCGGAGACGAAGAUCAGCAAGGACACGCUGGAUCUUCGACGGAGAAUAUUCCAUUGUACCUACGCUUUGGACCGGCUGGUGAGUAUGUCACUGGAUCGAGCAUUCUCCUUCACCGAUGAUUCGGCAUGGGGUGUGCCUCUUCCCGAGUCCGCCGCUGAUCCGUCACCGUCAUCACCGUCAUCAGCGAGACUCUUUUUGCGCUCCACGCGGCCAGCGCUGUACCUGUUUGACAUCCGUCGCGUCGAAUCAGCCUUCUACCAAGCGACGAGAUGGUCAUCCCGCUCCCAGUGGCCCUUGGCGACAGCAGCAACCUAUGCUAGUUCAGUGUCGAACGACAUCCACGCCUGGUACUCGACCAUUCCGACGACUCUUUCCCAGCGUCAUCUGAUGCUCUUCAAUCUUGAACGCUUGUACUGCCAGAUCUUGGUGGUCUCGCCGAACCCAAGGGUGCCUGCCAGCUGUAUGACAGACCUCAAUAAGGAGCUGGUAUUUGAGUACUCAGCCCAAUAUGCAGACCUCCUGCAGCCCAUUACUCAAGACGUGAGCUGGCAUGCGUAUCUGACCUACGCAGACAUUUGUCGGGCGAAAUAUGUCGGGCAAAAAUUUGUAGAAGUGAUGUGGUCAGAUUUCGAUCGAUUGGUGAAGACGUCCCAUGCUGUUCGAGCAAAUGCGGCGAGCUCGGGCAGCGUCCUGCUGGAUAACAUCCAGCGCGCUACACUCUGUCUGCGCAGAAUCAUCGAGAUCCUCGAUUUUGCUCGUCAGCGCUGGGAGAUGCCGGAGAUGAAGGAGAAAUUUGAACAAGAAUCGGCGGUGCUCUUUUCUCGGCUCAGAAGCAGGCAAAUGGACGUGGCCGCAGUCCCGCACACGAAACCCGCCAACGCACCAGCACCAGCACCAGCACAGCCGAGCAUGGCUUAUCGCAGUCCGGGCGAGAACAUCUACAAUCAGUACUCAUUCAAUGGAAAUCCAGAUAUGCAGCUGCCCAGUCCGCCUCAGAACCAAGAGCAGCGUGGGCAUCCUCAGCAUCCAAAACAGCAGUUGCUUACGCCGCCAGAAGAGCAUCAUAUGCGACCGAACUACGCCCUCCCCCAAGGGUCUCUCCCCCGCCGCAGUUAUGAAUUCUUCGGCGAGCAUCGAGAACGCUAA